CCUCUUUCUGGCUAAAGUUAUCCACAAACUCUCGAUACAGUUUGAAUAUUUUUAAACCAGUUAGUUAGUGAAGCAAGACAUGUCGUUUUCUAUGCAUGUAAUAACGCAAGUAGAAUUUACAUUUCGUGGGGAUUUGUGAACUGCUGAAAGAAAGUAGCAAGUGUACACCACCUAGGCUGUCAUCAUCACCAUGUCGCAGACCACUCUGUUAGAAGAGGUGGCCCAGUGGAGCAAGGACACCUGUCGGCUGGAAGUCAAAUCCGUCCUCCCCAAACUCAUCUCCAUGCAUUAUAAGACAGAAAGCUGGGAAGAACAUAUACAUGUGCUGAAAAUCAUCACAGACAUGUUCUUGCCUCACCUCAGCCUGUCAGAGCUGGAAGACGAGUGUUUCUCCAAGGUCUUACCUAAGGUAGGGAAGAUGUUCAACACACUGAUGGAGGAGAUCACUAACCAAGUAGGAGGGCUGUCCAUUCAGAACACGGAAAUACACUCUUUUCUCAGGAACAUUCUACAGGUGAUGGUGCAGGUGUUGGAGGUGCUGUCUGGCUGUGUGCGUCAUGUUUGCUCAUUUGAGGAGGCUCCUGCUCUGGAUAGUAUCCGCUCCUUACCCUCCUGCAUCCUUAAGGUCCUCAGGAACACCUUCCAGCACUGCAAGGAGAGUGGGGAGGUGUACUGUGAGCGUCUGUCCCUGGUGGGAGACCUGCUUCAGGGCCUGUUUAAAGAGGCUUACUCACUACAGAAAGGCCUGAUGGAACUCAUGGACAGGAUCUCCCUGGAGAACACAGCCUCGGAGGACGACGUCUCCGACAUCAUCACUGUGAUUCAUAGUCUCCUGGAUAUAUGCUCAGUUAUCUCAAACCUUGACAUCGCACUACACGCCAACACAUGGAAAUUCAUUAUUAAGCAGUGUGUGAAGUAUGGGUCGUUGGUGGAGGAGCGGCUUCGUCACGGUGACAUCACAUCCUGUCUGUGUGAUGACCUGCUGGCAUCGUUCCACAGCUGCCUGGAGCUGGCUGAGCAGAUCAGUCAGGCGGGGCCACAGCAGGUGGCACACAGCCCAGAAUACAAGCUGUUUCAGAAAACUACAAAGAUGUGCAGAUUUUUUGCCAACACAUUAGUUCAUUACAUAAAGGAAUUCAAGGCUUUUCUUUCUAAGUCUUGCAGACGCUUCCACCAACUCUACCUUCAAAUUGUCAGCAAGUUUCCUCCCAGCCUGUGUUCCCCAGUGCUCCCCUCCCCUCUGUCUGAGGAGCUGAACGGAGCAGCUCUGGUGCCCAUGGACGCUCUGCUCUCCCAGCUGCUCCCCCUCAGACCCUUUGCCGAGUCCGUCCUCAACCCCAGCCAGCAGUUGAGUCCUGGGACAGAGUUACCCCAUUGCCUCCUGCUGGUGAGUGUCAUGGGUCAGUUCCCCUCCCAUCCAGAGGAGGCGCUGCAGCUGUGGUGUGACGGCAGCCACUUCCCUGAGGACACACCCAGACUGCCUCUGUUCCGGGCCUUGUUCCAGAGCUUCAGGCGAUGCUGUACGGAACGGAGGGUUCCAGUCCUGUUGCCGGGGGUGAUGAUGAAGGGUCAAGCCCAGGGGAACGUGACCCUACAUCAUCACGUCUGUGUGAUGCUCUGUGCCUGUGUGGCAUCGCUGCCCCCAGAACACUUCCCACUACUGGAGCGUAGUCUGUUGGAGGCCGUGCUGCAGCCUGACACCCAGACGGCCCUGCUGGCUACUGACGUGUGGUGUUUCAUGGCCCGGUAUGGUACAGCUGAACUGUGCUUGCAUCACGGUCUCCUCACAGCUCAACUGGUGAAGUCGUGUGGUGGGGAGUGUUACCAGCUGUCCCACCUGUCUCUGCUGCUAAGACGUAUGGUGUUCCUCAUGACUCCUGAACACCAGAUGGAGUUGGUGGAGCGUUUCCCUCCCUCCCAGGAUGACAACCUCCCUGUAUGGUGUCACAUCCUCCUUAGAGCACUGUCCCAUGAUGCCCAGCAGCGGGUCGAGGCAGACAUCAUCACCUUAACUAACACCACUGUGACAAACUGGCAAAAGGCUGGGUGCAAACUGGGACAAUUGGACAAAGUGAACGAAGCGCUGUUGUCCCUGCUGAUGGUAGUUCGAGGUGUAUCUCCAGAGGCAGAGUGUGGGUCGUCUGCACUGACCAUCAUCUCACAACUCUGGGUGGCCAUGUGUCCCAGUCAGGUGCAGAUCCACCCUAGCAUCCAGUGCACUCUGAAACUCCUCCUCUCCAUGUCAGCCAUCUUGGUGAAGAGCUUUGACCCACAGGUCAUCUGUCAGGCCCUUGUGUGUGUGGGAGCCAUGGUCUCUGAGAAGUGUCCUGAUGACCUGCUGCUGGCUGCUCUGGACUUCUUGGCCUCUCUAGGCAAGGUGUUCAUCCCACAUGAUAGCCAGAGUCAGGUGUUGCCCAGGCUGAGUGAUCUGUUUGGGGCCCUGCUAGCUGAGAGGUCCUGGCUAAUAAACCAACAUGCCCUGGAGGCCUUCGCUCACUUUGCAGAGGUCACCAAUCAUGAGGAGGUGAUCUCCCAGAGCUUGUCUUCAGAAGACACCAAAAACAAAGUGGUGAAUUUCCUCAGUAAGACUAUUAAUGCACAGGAAACGGUGGAGACUCGGCUUGAGAGGUUAAGAUUGGAGACGCCUGUUCUUGAGCGACACAACACCAUACUGGAGACCAAUGAGGAAACUGCUGCUGAGGUUUCAGCUGCAUCUGCCGGUGUUGACCAGUCCACUGCUGACACCGAGCCCUGUCCCAAGCGAGCACGGCAGGAAACCAGCGUUGAGGAGGAGUACAGCCGUUACCUCCAGACAGCUGAGAGUUCCCUGAGGGCCCUGCAGACGCUGGUAGAGGGGCGUGCCACCGACACCCCUCCACAUUGGGUGACAUCCAGACUACAGGAGCUGCAGACUCUGAUAACCCAUAUCAGCACAGCCAACCCACCAAACCACUAGUGAACUGGCAAUUUUUGUAUUAUUUCUUUUUAGCUUUGUUAUAAAUCUGCCUGUUACAAACCCUAUUUUAUAAAAAGGGGUAUGGGGGGGGGGAAAGGGCCAGUCCUUAUUAAACAUGAAUCCCUUGAAUAUGGAGUCUUUUCAGUAAAUUGGGUGUGUCCAGACUGGAUUGACAUGAUUUCCCUCUGCUGGUGAAUGUGACAUGACCGUCCCGGGGACUUCUACAGCAACAAAUUCACAAUCAACAGACAAUAUUACAAGUGAAGCUGCAGUACCCUGCAGAAUGGUAUUAUGUCAUCUAGGUCCAUUGUAGCCACUCAGGAAAGAGCAUCAUAACCAAGAGUUGUGAAAUAGUAGACGAGUCGAUUUCCCAGUUCAAGCACUCAAGACAGAUCAGUACGGGAAAUUCUUAGCAAACAUGGUCCAUUAAAAAGCUUGCUUUUUUUGCUUGUAAAUAUAUCCAGUUGCUUUCACUUUAAAUCAAAUGGAAAAUUAACAGAAUGUGUGUAUCUUCUUACGGUUGACUUUUGUCAACAAAAAAUAUUGAGGUGCAAGUGAAGCCGAGCACUGGGAUGUAAACGCAGCAUUUGGGCCAGCAGGUAGCCUAGUAGUUAGUGUUGGGCCUGUAACCCAAAAGGUUGCUAGAUCGAAACCCAGAGCUGACAAGGUAAAAAAGUCAUUCUGCCCCUGAACAAGUCAGUUAAAUUCUUAUUUAUAAUGGUAGGUUACAUAAAAUUAAACAUGCCCAGCUUUCAUCCCGACAGUAUUAGUCUCGUGAGAAAUAGGCUUAUUGUUCAGAGCUUUAGCAGGUUGUCAGACAACUGAACUGUAAAAUUAAAUCAGACGUAUCAUAAAACCUUUUAUUCCACCAGAAAGAUACAAAUAAAUUGUCAAAUCUUUCACAUUCAUUCAAAGUCCAUUUCCCACCCCCCAAAAAUCACACUUGUCUCACCAGGGAUCUGUCAAGUCUUUUCCUCAAUUCCUUGCAUGCUCUCCCCAGCCUCCUCAAAACGGCAGAGAGACGUGAGGAGAAUUUUCAAAAGGAAGCAAGGAAAGACUUGAAGUUUCCCCCGAAGUAUCCUGACUUCUCAAAAAGUCAUCCAAAUUAAACUGCCAGAUGAGAAAUGUAUGGCACAAAACUAGAGUUAAAACAGUCCACUAGUUUAGUGGAUGACAUUUUGGCAACAAACUAUGAUGACGGAUUCCCAACGUCUGUCUGCUGUCCCAGUCUAGCUGGUAACAAUCCCAAAGUCCCCUCACAUCAUUCUAGUACAAAAGUCAAGUUCCAUAGAUAUGAUUCCUUAGUAAACAGGAUGGAUGGUCAUCUUAUUAACCAAAUGAAAACUGAUUAAAAUCUCAAUUGUAAAAUGUAUUCUUCAGUGUCUCAUAUCCCAUAACAUUUAUUUUUCAUUAGCAAUAUUACUUCAUGAUAACAGUUUAGAACAGGAUGUGCAGCUGGAGCGGGUGUUCCAGUUCUCCGAUUGGCUGGUUAAGGAGAGGUGCAUCCUGGAAAUUGAAGUGCUGCAGUAACCAGCAACAUGUAGUCUCUACAACGUGUCUGAGUAAUAGAUCCAGCCAGGUAACUGUCAAUCACCAGGUGUUCUCGUCCUCUCCCCAGUUAAGGUCAGCUCCUUCU